ACAAAGAAUGGCUUCUCCAUCCUUCCACAUCACUCUGCGAACCCUAGCCCUCAGAUCUGAACGCCACCUCAUUCCCACGGCCAUGGCGAGCUUUGACGAAGCCCCUCCCGGCAAUUCCAAAGCUGGAGAGAAGAUCUUCAAGACCAAAUGCGCUCAGUGCCACACUGUUGACAAGGGGGCUGGUCACAAGCAAGGUCCCAAUUUGAAUGGGCUAUUUGGACGUCAAUCUGGUACAACUCCUGGAUACUCUUACUCUGCUGCCAACAAGAAUAUGGCUGUGAUAUGGGAAGAAAAGACGUUGUAUGAUUACUUGCUUAACCCCAAGAAGUACAUUCCUGGAACGAAGAUGGUUUUUCCAGGGCUGAAGAAACCGCAGGAACGUGCCGAUCUUAUUGCUUAUCUGAAGGAAUCGACUGCUUAAAUGAGAUACAUGUGGUGCAUCCGCCAAUCUAGAAUUUUUUGAGACUCUUUUCCCCUCGUUAAAUAAGAACACUGAGGAAAAUUAGAUGAAAAUUUGGGGAGGUAACAUACGAAGUUAUUGUGUCGGAAAGACUUGUCUUGUGAAAACCACAAGAAUUCCUCUUUUCAUUAAUUUCUUAAUUUGCAGAGUUAAUCCAUUUGUAGCUUACAUAUCAUUGUUGUGUGAACAUAACUGCUACAAUUUUUUGGCCAAGCCGGUUAUGGCAAUUUAUUUUUCAUAAUAAAUACCUCAAUCGUUAAAGCUUA